UUACCCUAACUCUGUCCCAUCACUGCCCUUUUGUUUUCCAGAAGAGAGCUGAAGAUCUCUCGAAGCUGCGGAACCCCAGUCACCCAGCCCAGCUUGCCGGGCCAGAGCCGCCAGAGGUACCGUUUGCGGGAAAAGAGCACGGAGCGGCGUUUGCCCACGAUCAACUGCCAGACCCUGUAGAAUCAAUGGGUGACCUCCAUACCCGCACUCACCAGCUUCAAGACGAUAAGACACCUUACUUUGUCCGCACCAAAGCUGGAGCCCUUUGCUUCAGACAAGGGACGGAGGUGGCCACCCCAAAGGAGUACUCUGGAAAGUCAGGGGGUGCUGUGGCUAAUGGAGGCGGGGAAGCUGGUCGAGCCGGUGCUGUGGGGCAACGGAAACCUCUGGAGCUCCAACAGCAGUCUUCCAUAGCUCCAAAAGCCAAGGCGAGGGCCAGGGGCAAUGGGAAGCGACUUGUCAAGUGUGUUUGUCGGCCGGGAUGGCAUGGACCUUACUGUGGGGUUCCCACCAUGGUGUACCAUUCAAACCUGCCAACCAAGGAGCGACUCACACCCAGAGAGACACCACGGAGGGUGAUCAAUGCCAUCAAUGUUAACCAUGAGUUUGACCUGCUGCAUGUACGCUUUCACGAGCUCGCCCAGGCCGUAGACCUGUUCCUCGUGUGUGAAUCCAACUUCACCGCAUAUGGAGAGAAACGGCCUCUUAGUUUCCUGCGGCUCCUCCUCAAUGGUACGUAUGACUACAUACGUCACAAGAUCCUGUACGUGUUCCUUGACCACUUCCCAGAGGGCGGUCGGCAGGACGGCUGGAUCGCUGAUGACUACUUGCGGACCUUCCUGACACGCAACGGCUUGUCCAGGGUGGUGGGAGCCAAAUCAGACGACGUCUUCGUCAUCAACGACGCAGAUGAAAUCCCAGCACACGAGGGCCUCCUUUUCCUUAAACUGUUCGAUGGUUGGACAGAACCUUUCGCCAUCCACAUGCGCAAGUCUUUGUAUGGCUUUUUCUGGAAGCAGUUUGGGUCUCUAGAAGUGGUUUCAGGCUGCACGUUGGGGAUGCUCCGCGAGGUCUACGACGGCGAUGGCAUCAAACUCCGCCGUCGCGAAUAUUACACCAUGCCGGGUUUCCGCAAGUACGAGAACGACACGGGCCACAUCCUGGUGCAGUGGUCGGUGGGCAGCCCCUUCCACUUCGCUGGGUGGCACUGCUCCUGGUGCUUUCCACCGGAGGGAAUCUACUUCAAGCUGGUGUCAGCGCAGAACGGAGACUUCCCGCGGUGGGGCGACUACGAGGACAAACGUGACCUCAACUACAUCCGUGAUCUGAUCCGGACAGGGGGCUGGUUUGAUGGCUCCCUGCAGGAAUAUCCUCCCGCGGACCCCAAAGAGCACAUGUACGCCCCCAAGUACAUGCUGGAGCACUAUGACAGGUACCACUACCUCCUGGAGAACCCUUACAAACAAAAAAGCCAGACUGAAUGAGGGCAAGGAGUUCAGCUGCGGAAAACAAAUAUGUGAAAUAACUAGUAGGGUCCAAGUACGGCCUCUGCACUGAGUUUUUUUGGGGUGGAACGGUACUGAUGAUCUACAUCUGUCAUAGGGGCGAAACUAAAUGUAUCUCCACCAGGCAGCGCUGAUGUUGCAGGGAUUUAAAAUCUCUUAAAUAUCAUUAUUUUGGGGUCAAAAAAGGGAACACUGAAUCACAUCCACCACGGAUCUACAGAGAACAUCAAGAGGAUACAACCACUGGAUAAACAAAAUCAUAGAUUUCCUCAUUCCUCCCUUUUUGGGGGAGUUGCCAAGCUAUCUCUGUCUGCCACCCCACCCCUGUCCUCCCUUUCCUCACCCGCCAAUUCGACACGCCUGUUCUCUGAGAGAAAGGGGCAGCUUCAGUGAAACGCCAGGGAUAUUUUGCAGGCAUGUGAAUCCUGUGGAGACGAGAAUCUUGUGAAGUGAAGGACAUUUUUUUUUCUUUUUUUUCUGUCUGUGUUUACUAAAGUUUACAGACCGGCUGACGUUCCCUCUUCGCUCUCUACCUUCAGAUGUCUUCCUGUCAUAUUUGGUGACCUCCUUCCAGAAACAGACUCAUGUUCAGAUAUUACAUUAUUUUCUUGGGUCUCGGUAGAAAAUUAUAAAUCCUAUUUAAACCCCCCCCCCGUUGGAGUACCUACCGCCAAAAGAAAGGGAAUGACUCAGUGGAGAUAUUUCAGCUCAUACAUAUACUUACAUUCAUCUUCAUGCACCUUAGAUCUGUCUGUGCGUUUGUAUAAAAAAAAAGAAAAGAAAAAAAAAGAGAGAGAUAAAAGGUGUGCUUGGUCGGUCUUUGCGUCACAAUUUGAGGUUUUGGGCUGUGAAGGAGGGACAAGAUCGGCGAGAGAAAAUAGGCGGGACGGACAUUGAAACGGGAAACAGGUCGAACGAGAAAGAAGGAAAGAUAAUGAGGGAGGAAGACCACAUCUCGGUGGCGAUGGAAAGGAAAGAAAAGUGUCUGCUGACGCACGAGCGUUGCAGGGAUGAGUGUGCAGUGUGUGCGUGUUUCCCAGAGCUUACAGACAGCUCUGAAUAAAUCAUACCCCGUCGAUGGCAUCACAGGCGGUUAUUGCCGUUAUUGUUUGUCCGAUCUGAGAACAAUCAAGACCAGUCGGGGGAAGAUCACCCUUCAGUUUUCAUCUCUCUUGUCUAUCCAGCAGCUGGGAUAACUUUGUUUCCUUGGAAACUACAGCAUGCGAAACAGAGAGACGGGAUGAGUGUUGUUAAGAUGAGUGGGUGGGUUCGCAUCAGGCAGGGAGCUGCAGCGCUUCAGACGAGGUCAACCCCAACUGUUGGUCCCCUCGAUUAAACAUUCUGUUUUCUGCUCAGCUGCCACUCACACAGUCAGUCUGAAAAUGACUUCUAUGAGCUUCCCAUCCUCUCUUUAUGAGGGCAGUCUUUUCUUCCCAGAGUUUGUGUUUCCUCUUAAUCCCCAUUAGCGAGGGAUAUUUUUUCCACUCCUCAUUUUGCUCAUUAUUUUUUUUCUCCACUGUGUCAAAUAUGUCGAAACUCAUCCUCUGACUUUUCCUCGCUCGUGCAUUCACAGACUGGUCCUCGCUCCUUUUUGUAUCUAUUUCAUGUUAAUCCUCGCAAGAAUGCCCCAUUUCAAUAAUAGGGGUCUAUUUAUCUUCUCCGUGCCUCGUUUCUCGCCUCCUGUCUCGACAGGACGGGGCAGCCGCUACCAUGACGAUGCCUUCCCUUUUUUGCCCACAGAUGACCAUCAUCUGACCGUUUAGGCAUCGGUUCUUAUCUCCUUCUCCCCACCGUAGACAGCCGGCGAUGUGGCGACGUGCCUAAAUCCCCGCCCCAAAUGGUUUGGCACAAGUUGUGGAUGUAGCGGACCGGUUGGCGAGCAUACUUUUGUCCGUGGGCGUGUUUGAUGUGGGCCGAGGCCGACGGGGAGCUGUGAUCCGUUGAUGUGAAGAGCAGGGGGAAUCUUAGCAGCUAUGUUUACAAUGCUACAGAGCAGCAUAAAAAAAAAAAAAAAAGGCUAUACGUGGAGCAGACAAGCAGCGAUCAAACAACAGUACAUGCAUUGAUUUUUCUCUUAACUGCAGAUUGACUGGAUCCGCCAUCUGCUUCUUCGGCGCUUGUCUGGGCUUUGCAGAUACUGUUUACCUCGGCUUCGGGCUAGAUGCUGUUUCAAGGUGAAGAACUCCUCAAGAGGAAUAAAAAAAAAAAGUUUUGAAGAGGGAAACUUGAUCAGCUGCCGAGGGGCGAGAACAGGACUGAAAAUAUAUCAAAACCAGAAGAUAAAAUUUUAGUGUUGUAGCUUUAAUUCAAACAACUCCUCAAAUGCUCUUUUUUUUCCCACCUGCUUAAAGCGUCCUUGAGUCAGACAUUAAACUUUCUUCUAAAACCCUAAAAUGUGCAGUGAAAACCUCGGGUUGAUAGCAAAGCUAAGAUUUUGCUGAAGCAUUUUUGUCCAUCAACUCACCACCACCGUGCCGGUUCUUCAUGGCUGCAAGCUCUGAAAAUGAGAUUAGCCAACAGGCCGCCGACAGUUGUGCCGGGUCUGUGCUGCUGCCUCCAUGGCAGCGUGGUCUGUGGCGGCAGCUGUUCGGGGUUUUGGUGUUGGUGUCGAGAGCCAAACUGCCAUCCAAACCCGGAGGGGCUGCAGAGAAAUGAGCUUUAAAUAGGAUUUGACAGAAAGAGGCGACAACAAUGCUCCGUUUGACACUGCUUGUUUCUACAUUAGAUUUUUUAGAAAAGUAAUGAUUGAUGGAACAAAAUUGAAACAAGUGAUGAAUUUUAAAGGCAACUUGGGUCCUGAGUUAACACUUUAACAGAGUGGAUCCUGCACGCUUUAGCGAUAUUAAAUCACGAAUUCAGGCAGUGGGCCAUUUUGCAUUAAAGCACUUCAUUUUUAUCUGCUUCAUUUUUUGAUGAUUUUGUGGCACAUAUCCAGGCAGGAGCCCAUCCCUCUGCUGAAUUAAUGAACACUCUUUGAGCUUUUCUAGCAAAAAUAUCAUAGAUGGAUGUUUUCUGAUGUCAGCAGUUAGCACGAAACUGACCAAAGUGUCUCAUUUGAAUUACGCCAAACUAACAAAACUCGCUUCUCUCUCCGACUUCAAGGCCUCGAGCCGCUCGCUCCGUCCGUCUGUCUUUCUCGGUUAGAGAUGAGUUCACUCUCGCUGCCGCACGCUGCCAUUUGCAAAAAUAAGUUUGCGCUUUAAAGUUAAAUGUCAUCUCUGAAAUGUGACCACAGGGGUGUCGGUUGAACUCAUCAAGAACCGGGGCGUGUGUGUGUGUUUGUGUUUAAUCCCUGCCAAGAGGCGUUUAGCUGAAGUUAACUCCCGACUCUCAGCAAUCAGGCUGCACAUCUGGCCAACACUGUUUGCAUAUCUGCAUGUAUGCGGCCUCGCUUUUUAAAAAAAAAAAUCAUUUCUGUAUGUGUGCAACAGACAGAGUGACUCAUGCCAGAUAAGGGUGUCUGCUGAAAGACGAGCCAGGUUACCUCUUACUUGGACUGUUGCCCCCCCAUUAUCACCAUGGCAACAAUCCCCUUGAUGAGUUCCUGAAAUCCCUAACAGCCUGAGGUCAUCAACCAGGAUAGGAUAAGAGGUGAGGGAGUGCAGGGGGGGCACACGAUUGGACAAAUCACACAAUGGUUUUCCACUCGAUUCUGCUGGCAGAAGCUGACCUGAGUAAAGGGAAAAAAAUGCAAAAUCUCUCAUAGCUUAGUCAUUUUCAGUAAAUGUCACAGCGCUGCAGAGCUGAGAAUAGUGACACACACACAGUGCACACCGUUACCCUGCACACACCUCCAUUUUUCUUCCAGUUUGUUUGUGGGUUUUUUUGUUGUUGAUUUGACUGGCUCAUCACAGUAUGCAGACAAUUUGCAUAAGGAGCAGAAAGGGAAGACAGGAAAAACACUUUUUUUUUUUUUUUAGCAUAAGCCAGGAAUGAAACAUGAAUGAGAAAUAUUUUUUUUUGGACUGAGCAAAAACAGGAAAACAAAUACAAGAAAAAAAAAGAAGCCGUCCUUUCUCAUAUAAAGCCAAGGCUUGAUAAACGGAGACUGGAAUCCAGAAAGAGACAUUUAGGAAAUAAUCCUUGCAGCGCUGCUCCCAGUGACAGUCUUAUUGGAUGAAGCGUGGUUAUGACACGGGGGAGGGGAGGGAGGUAAUAAGCUUGACCGAACGGCUUUGAUUUUUCACUUUGAUGAGGGAGAGUCAUCACGGCGAUGAAAUGAAAGCCGUCCAAAUGAAGGGAGCAGCUCAUCUCCCCUGUAAGAGAAAAUCUAUACGCCAGUGACAGUUUAAGCAAAGAUGAGGUUGUGAUGUUGAAAAGGCCGGAGCGGCGUCUGUGCCGCCUCGACGGGCGUGCGAUGGAUUCAAAGAGGCCGAUAUCCAGAGAUCCCGUCUUGCUCAAGGACACUCCAGCAGACUGCGGCCCACUCAGGAGGCGUGAGAGAUUUAUGUUAGCAGACAGACUAAUCACAGCUCUGGCCCGUAGCUUGCUGUCAGUUUUUGUCACGAUCAAACUUGAAAUCAGUAAAGCAAUAACCAGGGCUGUAGUGGAGGUUAAAUGUGUAUAAAUGCCAUUUACCCGUCUCUCAGAGUGGGAAGCAGAAUUUACGCGGCCCUCCCUCAGACUGGACACCUGUUGGUCCGCUAGAACUCGGCCCGCUUCCUUCAUUUCAUCCACAAACCGGGUUUUCCUCUGGAGCAUCUGAGUCCAACUUGUACCGCACAAGAAUUAAAACACGUCUCAUGCCGAAGCUGGCGUUGUAAACUCUGCGCUGCAACUUGAUUCAGAGUUCAGAGGAAAGAUGUUUGACGUCUUUGUUGUUAAUAGUAACCUGUCAAAUGAAAGACCACAGAGUAAGAAGAAUAUCACUUUUUAAACAUUCAGUUUUUCGGCUUCGUUGUCACUCUGCAGCACAUAAAAUGUUUUCACGCCGCGCAAAGUUGUUAAUCCGCAACGACUGUAAUUAACACUGUGCGAGUUUGAGCACCGCUUGAUGAAAACUCGGCUUGCAAAAGUGAAAUUUAAAGGAAAAGACUCCUUUGAGGGCGAACUUAUUGAUUCUUUAAAGUGAUUUGAAUGCAAGCGAACACAAGGUUGUAGAAAAUGACAGACAAAUCUCUCACCUAAGGGACUAACUCUAUAUAACAAACAAGCUUUUACUGUCUUCUCUCUGAACCUCCUGCAAUUUGUGAGCAUUUCCUGCUUCUGUCACAUUUCACUCACUGAUUAGUCACUUCAAUGUAAAGUCCUGCACUUCUAUGGAAACGGCACAGCUGUGGCUAGAAGUAGAGGAAACUUAUAAGAGUCUUCUAUGUGGUAUGACACAGUGGUGUUGCCAUUAAUCAUGAAAGAAAACCAAAAAAAAAAAAUCAUUUAGUAUUUAACAACCUGGAUUUUUUCCCACAGCUGUUACCAAAACUGGAAAAAAAAACAGGUGCCUCCCGUGCUUUAGACAUUUAACUCAUUUUUAAUUUGUUUUCAGACAAACACAGCCUGUAGUUCAACCCGGUUCAGUGUUUUUGCCAUGUGACUGUUAUUCACAGCUGAGUCAGCCAUAGCUUCACGGUUGUACACUUCUUCCUUUUCCCCCAAAUCUGUUUAGAAGAAAUGAUUCAUUUUUCAUCCAUUGAUUUUUAAAUGAGACAAAUAAAAUCAAGUGAUGAAAUAUCACAAUUGUCAGCUUAGAUUUAGUCAAGUUCCCUGACAGAAAACAAAUCUGAUCAAUUUUUACUGUUUUUGUCGUUUAUUUCAGUGACGACUCGGGUAAUUUGGGGAUUUUUUUAAAAAGGAAAACAUGAAUUUCAGACCUGCCAGCAGGUUAAGAGGUGUUUUUAUUAGCAUGGGCUGAAAUUGGAAAACACACUUUCAAAUCAGUCACUUAUGCUCCUCUGUUAUACUCAAAACCCUGAUCAAACAUAAAGACCACACGCUGCAGACUGUACAGUGAUUGCAGAUGGAUUUUCAGUCAUCAGGAGCCUGUGAUAGCGGUAGGCUUCACCCUCCUUUCAUUCUACCGCCCUGGUAAUAAGCCAUCUUUAACCACAACAACAUAACCUUAAGGAUGCCGUAACAAUUCCAACAUUUGUGUCGUUUUUACCACCGAUAACACGCUUCAAAUCUUAAUUUGCUCGGGUUUUUUUUCCUGAGCUGCUUGCUUCAGUUGAUUAGAACAGAGGGAAUAAAUUAAGUGUAAAAAAUGCAAAACUGUAAAGGAGACAGAGUGAUGCUGCUGCUGCUGCAGACAGGUUUGGAGUUGCGUUGCUAGGUAACAGCACGGUGCCGGCUUUAUUUGCUUUCAGUUAUUGAUAUCAGCAACAGGAAAUAACCAUUUGGAAGGUUUAUGGUUGAAAGUGCAGUGGUCUAAACUUAGCAGGAGAGCGGGCGUUUUCUAAAGAAGCAUUUCCGCCGCGGUGUGAGGGCUGUCUGGGAUGUAUCAGGUCACAAUCAGUUCUUCAUUUUAAUGUUUUAUUUGGUGAAAAUGUCAUUUUUUAAGAACACAUCACAGCAUGAUUUAACCACCUUAAUGCUUAAAUGGGCAUUUAGUAUUGCCAUCAAAAAGCUGAGACAGCCUCCAAACACUGGAUCCUACAUUUCCCACAAUGCAACACCAGUCACAUCUUUUUGCUUCCCUGCCUUGUAAAUCCUCACAUCGCUUAAACUCCACGCACAGCACAAGCUAUUUGCUCUGAAUUAUAAAUGAAAGUCUCCGAAACCUGACUUCAUUUCGAUGACCUCACCAUGACAUCACGGUAGGACUGAUCACGGCGAGUCAGCUGAUUUAUAACGACAGCAAAAUUGGUGAAGUUGCCCUCGAACGUAUCUUGAGCAAGCCUGGAAAAAUCAGAACCAUCAGUCUGAAUAGAUCACUAUCGGCCUCCGUGCCCUCCUUCCCGCACGCGCACGCUAACCGCCAACACAUGUUUGGAGCGUUCAGCACACGCGUGUGUGUGUGUUCUGCACAGAUGUGUUUCUGCAGGGCUGUGUUCCCCCACCAUCACCCCUCAUCUGUUGUUGUGCUCACAGAGUAGCUGACUGGCUGCUUGUCCACGGGGCUUACAUGCCUUCACAGCUCUGGACCCCCGCCAGCCCUGUGGCUUCCACCCAUUGAUCUUUUCCAAGAAACAUUAGCGGCAAGCAGGCCGGAAAUCAAAGAGAGGAGGGUGUUGGGGAGGAGGGGGGUGCACAGAAAAGAGUUUUACUGGGAUCCCUUUUUUUUUUUUUUUUUGACUUUGUUCAUUUCUUUCUUCUUUCUUUCUGAUGCCUCCUACAUGGCUCUUGGAAGUGUUUUAGAACGUAUGGAGAAGGUGUCUUCUGUUCGACUAAUUCGUUGUGAAGUCCAUAACUGUGAAGAACAUUGCGGCUAAAUGGGGCUGAAGACUUCACAGCUUCAAAUCAAGAAGUUCUUGAAAAGGGGGUUUUGAAAUACGAUGUCUCCCAUCGGGCUGUCGCCUUGGCUGUAAACAUGUUAUUAUUCUCUCCGCGCCGGUGACGGAAAGCGUCCGCAUUCCACAAACUGAGCAAUCACAUUUACUGCGACAGCUGCAUCGAUGUGUCACCGCUGAUUGGAAAGCACUCAGUCUCAGACCGCAAGCGGCGCUCCCAAACAAGUGCGCGGCCCGAGCCUCUUUGCCUGCGCUUAGUCGGUGCUUAACGCUCGGCUCUGUUGGCGUUGCACCUGUUCUGAUACAAACCAACAGUGUUAAAGGGUCGGUUCACCCACAGGAAACAUUUCCCCGCUUCUGUACAGCGCUGCGUUUUCAAAACUUGGUUUUAUCGGGCCAGACUUUGUCAUGUGCUCCUUGGUGGUGGUUCCUUGACAAUACUUUCUACCAAAGAAACAGUCCUCAUGGCAUCUUGGAAACCCACAACAGAUCUUCCAUCCACAUUAGGUAUACAGACUGGGACAUGUCAAAACCAGGCUAAUGAAACCAACAGCUAUCUGUACAGCUAAAUAUGACUGGAAGUAAGUACAGACGUUUGGCUGAAUUAAUCCUUUAGAGCAUUAAAAAGUGUUUCUUCCACUGAGAAAUAAAACCUCCCUUUUGUUUACAGUCUCGUUAAUGAGUAAAUCAAUUGGCCGCGGUCCAGUUCUGUUCAGAAAGAGCAGCCAAAGUGUGGAGAAUAAGUCGCUCUAGCACACAAUAAAAGCGAGCGCCACCUCAGCGAAGACUCGGCUGAGCAGCAGCGGUGUCGAACGUGAACAUUCGUAAAUAAAGACUUCUGUAAACACGUCGGGUUUUAUCGCGUGAAUGUGUUGGAGAGGUGAGUGUUUGCAAGUCUUCUGAACGCCUUCCAGGACAGAUUGCUGGCUUCGGGGUGGGAGCGGGACGAGUCUGGUCCAGGAGUCCAUAUGUUGUGACACGGCAGAUCAAAAAGAUGAAAGUCGGCGUAGCACCGCGGAGACAGAUGGACGCUGUGACACAUACGUCCGCGAAAAAGUCGGGCAAACAGACACCUGGCUGCAGAUCAAAUGCAAAAGUAUACGGACGUCUUCGUCAGCGCGCUUCACAGUUUGGCCUCUUUGCUUCUAUUUAUGGUGAUUCUUGAAAACUAGUUUGACCCUUAACUCAUCAGAUGUUUCUAAACCGUGACUGGUGCACAGAAAUAUGUGACAUCACUUUUCCUAACUCAGUCCCACCCAACCGGUAACAAGACCCUCAAGAAAACAGGAGGAUGAAACUGCAAAAACAAGAAUUUUAGCAUCUGUGUUCUCUUAAUGCAUAGAAACAGGCAUUUAAUGUGGUAUUUUAGGCUGCUACCCACACGCACUGAGGUGUAAUGCUCGCCCGUCUGUAUGCUCUCGCCCAUGUAGGUUUAUUCCUUCUUUGUGCAACUUGUGUGUGAUGUCCGUAAGCCUCCCUGCAACUCUCACAAACUUGUCGUUCCUUCGCAGCCCAACCUGAGCCGAGACGAGAGAGGAAGAGGGUGACGGGGGGUUUAGAGGAAAGGCAAAUGAAGGGGAGGGGAGACUAAAAGGGAAAAGCCUCCGGAGGGGGUUUGAAUUCCCCGCAAUCAGAAUCAGAACCAGAGACCGAGAUGGAGAGAGAGAGAGGGAGGGAGGGAGUGAUCCUUACAAUCACAGACUUUCCACAUUUAGAGCGUCUCCCCCCUUUUCUUGUUUUUUUUGUUUUUUUUGUUUUGGUUUGCACUUACGCUUUUAUGUGAAGUCAAUCGAUGUGUCUUUCCUUUUGGGGUUUGGUUUUAAUAUUGUUUUUCGGUGGAGGUCUGAGAAACAGAGCGGGAUAGGUGAUGAGUGUCUCUGUUUUUCUAUUUAACUUUGUUUUUGUACUUUUUUUUUUUUUGGUAACUUCAUCCACUUGGCAGCUUGAUAUUUAAUAUCAUUUUAAGGCGGUGUGUGUAAGAGUGUGUGUGUGUGUGUGAGAGUGUGUGAAUGUCUAAGUGUGAGCUCACAAGCACUGUCUCAGCCUACUGCUAGGUAGACUUCCACUCCACCUCACAGAUCUUUUACCUCCUCCUCCGACGACGACAAAGGGGACUUCAUACUGUGGCGGCCAUCUUGUUUUGGGAUUGUUUUGUUUUUGUGAUCGUCUUUUCCUCGUGACCUUAACAGCAUCACACAACCGCUCGACUUCUGGGGGUUUUUGGUUCGGAUGCGGUUUUAUUUUUGUCUUUGGGUUUUUAAUGCACACAUGGCAGAUGCACUCACGGAGAACUACUAUAACACACGCUCACAAAGACACACACAGACACACACACAGUACAGCCUCUGUUUUGUGUGUGUGUUUUUUUUUUUCUUGCUCUGAUUGCGGCCAUGUUCUCUGCUGGUCAAACAGUCAGACUACUGUAGGCGCUCUGUUUGAGCCCUCGCUGUUAUGUGAUCGCUAUAAAGGCGUGCCAUUGUGUGACCAAAAAACAUUUUUGUCAUCGCUCAGCCACUCAGAACCAGUUCGGCCGGAGUCACGACCCGAGAACAAUCCAGGAUGCAGGAAAAAAAAAGAAAAGAAAAACUGCCAUUUUUGCCCUCGUCUUUUCUUUUUCGUGUUCUGUGUCUGUCACACAGCAAAGUGGUGCUGGUUUCAUGCUUUUUUGUUUUUCUGCUAUCACUGAUUUCCUCUGUGUGUGUUUUUUUUCCCCCCCUCCAAAUAGACAAAGAUGUCAAAAAACAAAUAUAUAUAUAUUUGGGGAGAAAAAAAAGCUUUUUAUUUGAGUUGCAUGCUGAAAUACAGAAAGUAAUUCUGCCUGUUAAACUAUGAAUUGCACCUUAUUGGAGGGAUGUGCUUCUUUUUUGUUGUUUUUUUUUUGUUUUUUAAUGCAUACAUAAAAAUAUAUAUAUGGGGGAUGUAAACUGUUUUAUUUCUAAUUUUGAUAAAGGAUGUAAUUGUUAGCUAGUCAGGCAAUGUAUGUAUCUUAAACAGGGUUAUGAUUUUUUCUUUUUUUUUUUUUGGUGAUAAUGCUGAUUUUAACUGAUUCAGUCACUGGUGUUUGUUGCAGGACGGCUUCACUAAGCAGACGGUGAUCCUGGUGAGCAAAAAAGGCUCCGCCGAUUUCAGAAAAUUUCCAGUCUUUGCUCCAUGAAACUUCUCUGAUUCUUUGAGAGACGACACAAAGUGUUUGUCCAAGAGGUUUAAUGGGAAAAACAUGGUUUCCUUACAGACGCUGAGCAGAAACAGGUUUCUCCGCCAGCUGACGAAUUCUGCAAUUAGGAACAAAAGCGUCUGGCUGAUUGCUGCUGCUUAGUGAAGCGUCGUCUGCAUCUACCCACACUGGCCUGUCCUCACACAGUGACCACUAGGAGGCGAUCUGCACGUCUUCCCAAAUACAUACACUUCCUCUGCCGCCUUCCGUCCAUCUUGUCCUUGAUUUUUAAAAAAAAGGACAAAUAACACUGAUGAAAGACACCAUGUUGUUCGGACACACACACACACAACAAUACAGUGUUGGCAGAUGAGUGGCAGUCGGUGUGGUGCUGCCACCCGGUCCAAUGUCCCCGGGGCAGAGGACUGUCUGCAGCCAAUUAACCAACAGGGCUGUUUG